UUCAUCUUACACCCGAACAACGCGCUUUUUGACUCCAUCACCAGGCUUCCUCCUCCCUUUUCUUCGCCCGAAUCGAAACCGCCCCAGCUCAUCGAAAUGGACCGCAUCAAGGAGAAAAUGAACCAGCUCCGCCUGGAGGCCGACGAGGCCACUUCUCAGGUCGAGGAACUCAAGGCCAAGGUCAAGGUGCUCGAGCAGGAGAACCUGUCCAAGGAGCAGGAAAUCACCUCGCUGCAGCACAAGAACAACCUGCUCGAGGGUGAGGUCGAGAAGCUCGAGAACGCCGUCAAGGACUUCAAGAAGGCCGCCGAUGAGGGCCAGCAGCACGGCACCCAGAACGAGACUCUCCAGCGAAGGCUGCAGCUCCUCGAGGAGGAGGCCGAGGAUGCCGACAAGACGCUCCGUGAGGCCAACGAGAAGCUCCGACAGACCGACGUCAAGGCUGGACACUUUGAGCGCAAGGUGCAAGCUCUCGAGAACGAGCGUGACCAGUGGGAGACCAAGUACGAGGAGAUGUCCAAGAAGUACGCUGCUCUCCAGAAGGACCUGGAGGACCUCCAGAACGAGAUUGGCAACAUCUAA